AUGGCCCUACUGACUGUCUUUUCAUCAAAAGAGGUAGAUGUAAUGAUGGAGAAGGCGAAAAUGAAAGCAAAGGCAAAGGCAAAGGCGAAGGCGAAAGUGAAGGAAAAGGCAACGGGGAUAGCGAUGGAUAUGGUAGAUUCAGAUAGGAAAGAUGGAGAUAGCAAGAUGAUGGAGCCAAAGAAGAUGCCUAGUAAUGCUUUAGCUGAUUUAGGAGCUAGCAUUAAUUUUAUGUCGUAUAGUUUGUUUACCAAGUUAAGGUUGGGUGAGGCUAAACCCACUAGGAUGAGCAUACAGUUAGCUUAUAGGACUAUUGAGCAUCCUAGGGGUAUUGUAGGGUAUGUACUUGUUAAGAUUGACAAAUUUAUAUUUCCUGUUGACUUUGUGAUCAUGGCUAUUAUAGAUGUUUAUGAUGGACAGCUUGAACUUAGGUUGCAGGAGAUAUUACUUGUUGAUCCUUUACAAGUUGCCUUGCAAGCAGAGGAUGAGCAUGAGCUAUCCAAUGAGAGUGUGUUGGAGCAGCUUGCAUUUUUGUUAGCUAAUGUACCAAGCAAGAAUAUUAAUAAGUUUAUUGAGAUUGACAAGGUAGGUGUGCAGAAAUUGAGGCUAUCACUUGAGGAGCCAUUAGUCCUUGAUUUGAAAGAGCUCUCAAAGCAUCUCAACUAUGCAUAUUUAGAUAAGGACAACAGGUUGCCUAUCAUUCUAGUAGCGGACUUGACACCCAAGGAUAGGGAGAUGACUUUGGCCACUCUUAAGAAAUGUACUUGUGAUGUUAAAUUACUAUUAAACUACUGUUGUUAUUGUAAUGGUUGUCUGUUUGUUGCUGCAAUUACUGUUUUGGCAAGAGUUUUGAUUAAUUUUCAUGUAGGUACUAUGGCUGGUCAGCAGGAGAGACCCCAGAAUAGGGGUGUCUCCCAGAGAAGGAGUUCAGACGAGCCCUUUGACCCUAGAGCUCCAGCUCCGCCAGAAACCUCUAGACUUGUGGGACCACCUCGGCUUGUAUAG